UCUCCAUCCUCAACCAUGCCUAAGGAAAAGACCCACAUCAACAUUGUGGUCAUUGGCCACGUCGACUCUGGCAAGUCCACCACUACUGGUCAUCUGAUCUACAAAUGUGGCGGUAUCGACAAACGUGCCAUCGAAAAGUUUGAGAAGGAAGCCCAGGAGAUGGGCAAAGGCUCCUUCAAAUACGCUUGGGUGUUGGACAAACUGAAGGCCGAGCGUGAAAGGGGUAUCACCAUCGAUAUUGCUCUGUGGAAGUUUGAAACGACUAAAUACUACGUGACCGUGAUUGAUGCCCCAGGACACAGAGAUUUCAUCAAAAACAUGAUCACCGGAACCUCGCAGGCUGAUUGCGCUGUGCUGAUCGUGGCUGCCGGUACCGGUGAAUUCGAAGCGGGUAUUUCUGAGAACGGCCAGACCAGAGAGCACGCCCUUCUCGCUUACACUCUGGGAGUGAAGCAGCUGAUCGUUGGCAUAAACAAGAUGGACAGCACCACUCCACCAUUCUCCCAGGCCCGUUUUGAGGAAAUCUCCAAGGAGGUUUCGACUUACAUCAAGAAGGUGGGUUACAACCCCAAAUCCGUGGCAUUUGUACCGAUCUCCGGGUGGAACGGAGAUAACAUGUUGGAGCCCAGCGACAACACAAAGUGGUUCAAGGGCUGGAACAUUGAGAGAAAGGAAGGCAAUGCCACCGGAGUCACUCUCUUCAAUGCCCUGGAUGCCAUUCUGCCACCAAAACGCCCCACAGACAAGCCCCUUAGGUUGCCCCUUCAGGAUGUCUACAAGAUCGGAGGUAUUGGAACAGUGCCAGUCGGCAGAGUGGAAACCGGAAUCCUGAAACCCGGAAUGAUCGUCAAAUUCUCACCAUGUAAUCUGACAACUGAGGUGAAAUCCGUGGAGAUGCACCACGAAAGUUUGACUGAGGCUUUACCCGGUGACAACGUGGGAUUCAACGUUAAGAACGUCUCCGUGAAGGAACUGAGGAGAGGUUAUGUGGCUGGUGACAGUAAGAAUGACCCCCCUCUGGGAGCUCAAAGCUUCACUGCUCAGGUCAUCAUCCUGAACCAUCCAGGUGAGAUCCACUCCGGCUACACGCCCGUGCUCGACUGUCACACGGCCCACAUUGCCUGUAAAUUCGAGGAACUCCUUGAGAAGGUGGACAGACGUUCCGGCAAGAAGUUGGAAGAUAACCCCAAGAUGGUGAAGUCUGGCGACGCCGCCAUCGUCAAGUUGAAGCCCUCCAAGCCUAUGACUGUGGAGACCUUCACCGAUUACCCGCCGCUCGGACGUUUCGCCGUGCGCGACAUGAAACAGACGGUGGCCGUCGGUGUCAUCAAGGGCGUAGAAAAGGCAGAGGCUGGAGCCGGCAAAACGACCAAGGCCGCCCAGAAGGCCGACAAGGGCAAGAAGAAGUGAGAUAUGGGGAUCGGUAGGCAUGGGUCUUUAAGUUUUGUCUGCACCUGGAGAAGAUGCACCGUUUUUAAGGAGACCAUGAACGUUGUUAGCUCAACAACCUCUUCGAGGCCGACGUGGCCGUUUUUACUUUUAUUCAAGACGUUACUGCAGCUGCUCGUUAUGUUGUCGCUAUGGCUUCUUAGGUCGAAAAUACAUCGUAAAGAGUUCCGGAGGAAAGGAACGCCGGUGUUUUAAUUUAAGUAUUGUCGGUCCAUGCCUGCCAAACUCAACACUUCCUUCAGCCUGAUUGGAGAAAGCUAAUACAAAGCCCAUGGAAAAAAGAAAAAAACGAAAACUGAACAGUUCUCAAACCGAUCAACAACAUCGUGCUAACUGAUCUAAAAUAAAAACAGAAUACUGUGAAACCAAA